AUGAAGUACUCCGCCGUCAUCGCCGUCGCGGCGGCCGCGGCUGCCAGCGCCAAGUUGGAGCCCAUCACCAUGAAGGGUUCCAAGCUCUUCUACACCAACGGAACUGAGUUCUUCAUGAAGGGUGUUGCCUACCAGCAGGAUUCCGCCGCUGGAGGUGAGACCAACGACAAGAAGACCAAGUACAUGGACCCUCUUGCCGACGAGAAGGCCUGCAAGCGUGAUGUUCCUCUCCUCAAGGAGCUUGGUACCAACAUCAUCCGAACCUACGCCAUCAACCCCAAGGCCGACCACGAGGCUUGCAUGAAGCUUCUCGACGAUGCCGGUAUCUACGUCAUCUCUGAUCUUUCAGAGCCCUCCGUUUCCAUCAACCGAGACGACCCCAAGUGGGACAUUGAGCUCUACGAGCGAUACAUUGGUGUUGUUGACGAACUCGCCAAGUACGACAACGUUGUCGGUUUCUUUGCCGGUAACGAGGUCUCCAACAACGUCUCCAACACUCAGGCUUCUGCCUUCGUCAAGGCUGCCGUCCGUGACACCAAGAAGCACAUCAAGUCCAAGUUUGACCGCUGGCUUGGUGUCGGUUACGCCUCCAACGACGAUGUCGACAUUCGUGAGGAUAUUGCCGACUACUUCAACUGCGGUGAGGACGAUGAGCGCAUCGACUACUGGGGUUACAACAUCUACUCUUGGUGUGGCAAGAGCAGCAUGAAGGACUCUGGUUACUCUGACCAGGCCAAGUUCUUCAAGGAUUACUCUGUCCCUGUCUUCUUCGCCGAGUACGGCUGCAACGAGCCCGGUGGUGCCGCCGAGCGUAUCUUCGAUGAGACCACCGCUCUUUACGAGAAGGAGAUGACCGAUGUCUUCAGCGGUGGUAUCGUCUACAUGUACCACCAGGAGGCCAACGACUACGGUCUGGUCAAGAUCAACAAGAACGGUGACGCUGUUAAGCAGAAGGACUUCAACCAGCUCAAGAAGAAGGCCACCGCUGCUCAGCCCCAGGGUGUCGACAAGGAUGACUACAAGCCCUCUGGAAAGGCCGCUUCUUGCCCCAGCCAGUCCAAGACCUGGAAGGUCAACUCUGCUCUCCCCCCUAGCCCCGACAAGGAGCUCUGCGACUGCAUGGUUAAGAGCCGAACCUGUGUUCCCGCUGAUGACCUCAAGACCAAGGACUUCAACGACAUGUUUGGUUACAUCUGCGGCGAGGACAAGAAGAUCUGCACUGCUAUCAACGCUAACGCUACUGCUGGUAUCUACGGUGCUUACAGCAUGUGUGACAACGAGGCCAAGCUUGCUUACAUCCUUGACGCUUACUACAAGGCCCAGAACAAGGCUGCUGACGCUUGUGACUUCAAGGGCAAGGCCACCACCCAGAAGGCUGAGAACCAGGACUCUUGCAAGUCCAAGCUCGAUGCUGCCAGCAAGAUCAACGAGGAGGUUGCCACCGCUACCGCUGCUGCUGGUGGUGCUUCUUCCACUGGUGACGCUCAGAACAGCGAGGAGGACGACGAGAGCUUCGGUCUCCAGGCCGCUUCCAUCGGCCGCCUCUUCAGCAUGGGCGACUACGCCGUCGGCGCCUACAUGGCCGUCGCCGGUGUUGUCGGUGCCGGUAUGGUCCUUCUGUAA